AUGCAAGCUCAAAUCGCUCUUUACAUCGCUGCCUUGGCCGCUUCCGUCCUCGCUCAAAACUCUGCCGCUUCAACUGUUGUUGUUUCGGCUUCCGGUGCUUCAACCGUCACUGUAGGUGCUUCCGGCUCUGCUUCCGGCUCUGCCUCUGCCGCCUCCACCGUCACUGUUUCAGGCUCUGCUUCUCGCUCUGCCUCUGCCUCUGGCUCUGGUUCUGCUGCUACUGUCACUUCUUCUGCUUCAGGCUCAAAGGCUUCAGGCUCUGCCUCUGCCUCUGGCUCAAAGGCCUCUGGUUCUGCCUCUGGUUCCCACGCCUCUGUUUCCGCCACCAAGACUUCCAACGCUGCUGGUUCAAUUGUUGCUGAAGGUGGAAUCUUUGGUGCUGCCGUCCUUGGUGCUGGUCUCUUCCUUCUUUAA